UCAGAGACCAUGACAACCAGCGUUGCACUACUGCUGCUCUUUGUCUUGAAUGGAGCCGAUGGUUCUCAUAUUGUUGGAGGCAGAGAUGCUGCCCCCCAGUCGCGCCCCUACAUGGCUUCUUUGCAGGUCCUAGGACAACACAACUGUGGGGGAGUCCUGGUGAGAGAGGACUUUGUGCUCACAGCAGCACAUUGUGAGAUACGCAGACCCUACACAGUUGUACUUGGUGCUGAUUCCCUGACCGCGAAUGAGACUACAAAGCAACAGUUCAGUGCAGUCAGAUCCAUUCCACACCCCAGCUUUAAUGGAGAUAGAAAUGAUAUCAUGCUCCUAAAGCUCAACGGUAGCGCCCAACUGACGGAAGCAGUGCAGCUGAUCUCUCUGAAAGUGGACAGGCUGAAUAGAUCCAGUCAGUGCAUCACCGCUGGCUGGGGGGAUAUAGGGGAUAAUGGCACCUUACCAAACAGGCUUCAGGAAGUCAACGUGACCACCCUGUCUCAGCGGGGAUGUCGUAGGAGAUGGAACCCCAUUCCCAUAGCCACGAGUAUGGUUUGUGGUGUUGGGGGCGGCGUCUUUCAAGGCUUCUGCUCGGGUGAUUCAGGUGGUCCAUUGGUGUGUGAUGGAGCUGCAGCAGGCGUUGUCUCCUUCUCUGGCCAACUAUGCGGAGACCCCAGGACCCCUGAUGUCUACACACGCAUAUCGUCUUUCAGUGGAUGGAUUACAAGCGUGCUGAACAACAAUUAGGCAAAUUAGAUUAAUCGCUAAUGUGACAAUAUGCUUGAUUGGGGUGUACUUUUCCAGACAAUGCUCUAUAUAAUAUACAAUCAUGUGGUGUUAUGUUGUUUCAUAUCAAAUGCAGGGAUGUGGCUGUUGAGGCGAUAAAUUAUGUUUUUGUCACCCCACUACUUUUCAACUUUUGUUUUUUUUAUUCAGCAUGCAUUUAAAUAGAUCAGGAAAAAGUCUUCUCAUUCUUAAGAUUCAAAAGUAUA